AUGAAGUUUGUAUUCGCCUUCUUAUUAGUAGUGCUCGGCGCAUCUGCGUCCACGCAAGCAUUAUCCGUUGAUACUGACGGUCAAGCCUUUUCUCGGCGUUGGUUCCGGGCUGCAGAGGCAGAGCCCGCGAAAGAAGAAGUCAAAAGAUCGGACUGA